GGUGCCGGGCUCGGCUGCGCUCGGCUCAUUGCUUCAGCGCCACGCUCCAGGAGAAGGGACGGGAGAUCCACUCUGCAAUGCCACUGCUGCACUUGCACCUCUGCUUCACCAGCAUGCUCUGCUGGCUGGCCCAUGAGUCCAGCUCCUUGGUGCUGCCCAAUGCCACUGAGCUCCUGUCCCCUCCUAGCAGCACAAGGACGGGUCCAGCUGCAGGUGCAGGGAUGCCCCGGAGCCGCCGCCGCCGGUACCUGUCCCCCCGUGACAUGAAUGCCAUUCUGGACUACCACAACCAGGUGCGGGCACAGGUGUCCCCCCCCGCUGCCAACAUGGAGUACAUGGUGUGGGAUGAGCGGCUGGCCAGGGCGGCAGAGGCAUGGGCUGCACGGUGCGUGUGGGAGCACGGCCCCCCCCAGCUGAUGAAAUAUGUGGGGCAGAACCUCUCCAUCCACUCGGGCAGGUACCGCUCCGUGGUGGACAUGGUGAGGUCGUGGCACCACGAGCAGCAGCACUACUCCUUCCCGCAUCCCCGCGAGUGCAACCCCCGCUGUCCCUCCAAGUGCAGCGGCUCUGUCUGCAGCCACUACACUCAGAUGGUGUGGGCCUCCUCCAACAGGCUGGGCUGCGCCCUGCAGGCCUGCAGCAACAUGCAUGUUUGGGGCAGCACGUGGCGCCGCGCCGUCCUGCUCGUCUGCAACUACGCCAUCAAGGGCAACUGGAUCGGGGAAGCGCCGUACAAGAUAGGGAGGCCGUGCUCAGCCUGCCCACCCACCUAUGGGGGGGUCUGCUCUAACAACAUGUGCUUCACAGGACUCAAAUCCAACCAAGUGAGCUGGUUUUAG